AUGGCGUAUCGCCUACCGACUGAUCGCCGUGAGGCGGCGAUGACAGCGCACAAUACAUCCUACCUCGACGAUUUUCUAGAUCAAAUCGAGCCACUUCCAGCAAACACGAAGAGCCUAUUCCACGAGAUGCGCCAACUUGAUGACCGCAUCGAUACAACAGUUGGCGAGGCCGACAUGACUUUGAAAGAGGCCAUUUCUCGGGCAACGACAAAAGGUGUGGCGCUGGAGAAUGUGAAGCGCACCUUCCACGAAUUCGUACAUCUCCAAACAUCGGCCGCCGAGUUUGCAGACAAAAAAGUGCGCAUCGCGAAAGAAGCUCGAGAUAAUGUACUUGAGUCGCUCAAUGACAUCAACGAGAAGCUCGUGGAUUUUGAAUCCCAGCUGCGACGGGAAGGGCGAUGGCCGGGUAUGGAAAAGGGCAGUGAGAUCAAGAGGGAGGAGAAGCGAUUGAGCAAGGCCGCUUCAAAUAUGCCUGAGAGACCCCCCAGCAGAGUACCAAGCAGAGCGCCCAGCAGGUCGCCGCCACCGGAUCCUGGGAGGGUCAGGGAGAAGUCAAGACGGCGAGAGGUUGUGGUCAGCGCCACAACUCCGCGAGCAGCCGCGCUCGCCGCAAGGGUCAAAGAAGAAGCAGAGAAGGCGGAACAGCUUGAGAAGGAGCGCGCGGAUGUCGACGUUAAACCUCCGGCAAAAAUGAAAGGCAAUGAGAGUAUUGAUAAGGAUGGAGACGUAGUUAUGGCGGGACUGCAGCACGCAGGUGAAGAGAACGUGGAAGUGUAUUGCACGUGCAGGAAGGUUUCAUACGGGGAUAUGGUUGCGUGCGACGGGAAGAAUUGUCUGAUUGAGUGGUUUCAUUAUGAGUGUGUUGGGAUUACGGUUGAGCCGAAAGGCACUUGGUAUUGCCCGGAUUGCGUCGCUUCUAUGAAGAAGAAGGGUCCGGGCGGGAGACGAAAAGCUUCGUAAGACGGAUAAAGUAAAGGCUCACUUCUUUAUUUGUAUAGCUGUAAUGGAAAAGCUCAUCACUGCGUUUAGUUGUGCACUUUCGGGAUGGUAUGGGCAGUCUGCGUGGCACAGUUGUAUUAGACGCUGCGCUUCGAAAUGCCGGACAAGUGUCUAUGGCACACCAUAGCAUCACUAUUGACAUGCGCUUGGAAACGGCUUUGCACUCUGUAGCCACGUUGUGAAGGCGUUUAGUGAUAAAAAGCGGAUGCAAUCUUGGACAUGUAUCCACACGGGUGUUUUUGUCCCUUUCAA